AGCUUUGGCAUGUGUAUAUACUUCAUUUAAUAUAAUGGAUUUAUUUUUAAAGAAUUUUAAAUACAAAUAUGAGUCAUUAGUUUCAUAGGGGUUUAGGAGAUCUAUAUCAACACACUAACGGAAGUUCCAAAUAUAGACGUGUCUCUUCACUGUAAGUUACCCUGCUUAUCACGGAUGUGGUAAGCUUUUACAGAGACAGAAGACAGUUAAAUCUAUGCUACAUCUGAACGGAUCUUUAACAUACUUUUGUUGAAACACAUUUGUCUAUAUUUCUUUGUAAUUAUAUUUUUCAUUUCCUGCCCACAACUUAAAGUUUGCCAUGGCCAAGGUUGUAUUACAUUAUUUCAAUGGAAGGGGGAGAAUGGAGACAAUUCGAUGGCUUCUAGCUGUGGCUGGUGUUGAGUUUGAAGAAGAGUUUAUUACAGCCCCUCAUAAAUAUGAAAAACUAGUCAGUGAUGGAGACCUUGUGUUUGGGCAGCUUCCAAUGGUGGAAAUAGAUGGAAUGAAGCUGGUUCAAACCAAAGCCAUUCUGAACUACAUAGCUGGGAAAUACAAUCUGUAUGGAAAAGACCUCAAACAGCGAGCGAUGAUUGACAUGUAUUCUGAGGGACUGAGAGAUCUCAUGGAACAGUUUUUGGUCCUGUGCAUAUUGUCACCUGCAGAAUUAAAGACUAGGUUGGAGAACAUUCAAGCAAAAGCUACAGGCCGCUAUCUCCCUGUGUACGAGAAGGUACUCUGUGGCUCCCAGUACCUUGUUGAUGACCAGCUCAGCUGUGCAGACAUCCAUUUGCUGGAGGCCACAAUUAUGUUGGAGGAGAAAUUCCCUGAGAUUCUCACAAAUUUCCCAAAUGUUAAGGCUUUCCAGGGGAGGAUGAAGGUCCUACCAACCAUCCACAAGUUCCUGCAGCCCAAUAGCAUGAGGAAGCCUCAGCCUGAUGAAUUCUAUGUCACAACAGUGAAGAAAGUGUUUCACAAGCUAUUCAGUUAAAGAAUGUGUUCCUUAAUCCAGUUACUGCUUCAUUGUAUUUUACAUGUUUCACUGCAAU